UAAAUGCAAUGCCUCCUAAGUCCCAUACCACUAUUGCAGUAACGUCAUUCGCUUAUUUUACAAUACCCUCCCUGCCGUCACGACACCAGCUCCAGACCAGUUUCCGCCAUUCCGAGGAAAAAUACUGAAGUCAUCGACGACUGUAGUAAAGUUCAGUUAUACAUAAAGAUACACGAAGUUUUUGCGGUAUCUAUUCCUCUACGUUGCAAACACGGAUAUAGGACUUUUCCAGGUCGAUCUCGGGAGAUGGCUGAAAUGAAGAUGAGCUGAACUCGAGCUGGUAAAGUUACGGUCCUGCCGCUGAACUCUUGACGGCCCCAUCUGAAUCUUUAUCUAAGUGACCCUCACAGCUUCACCAUGGCUCGUGGUUGCCUCUGCUGUGUCAAAUACAUGCUGUUCCUCUUCAAUCUGCUCUUCUGGUUGGGGGGCUGUGGUUUGUUGGGUGUGGGGGUGUGGCUGUCUGUGUCUCAGGGCAGCUUUGCCACCCUGUCGCCCUCGUUCCCCUCCAUCUCCGCGGCCAACCUCAUCAUCACCCUGGGCUCCGUCAUCAUGGUUACAGGCUUCCUGGGAUGCCUGGGUGCCAUCAAGGAGAACAAGUGUCUGCUGCUGAGUUUUUUCAUCACAUUGUUGAUUAUUCUGUUGGCGGAGCUGAUCCUUCUCAUCCUAUUCUUUGUCUACACGGACAGGGUGAGUGAGAACGCCAGACGGGACCUGAAAGAAGGACUGGCUCUGUACAACACUGAUAACAACGCUGGGCUCCGCAACGCCUGGGACACCAUCCAGUCAGAGUGGCAUUGUUGUGGGGUGAAUGAGUACACAGACUGGCACGCCGCGCUGCAGGAGAAGGUGGUUCCUGACCGCUGCUGCCAGGAGAUCUCCCUGGGCUGUGGCCGGAAUGCCACCAACCAGUUGUGGACACGGGGUUGCUAUGAGAAGGUGGAAGAAUGGCUGGACGACAACAAACACCUUUUGGGAACCAUCGCCAUGUGUGUUCUGGUCAUACAGCUCCUGGGUAUGGCCUUCUCCAUGACUUUGUACCAGCAGAUCCACAGAGCUGGGAAGAAGUACGAAGCCUAGAAGCGCGCCGACAAAUCCUGUGUAUUUUGUUUUUAUUAUACUCUAAACUGAAACACCAGAACCACACGCAUGCCACAAGAAAGGGUUUUUGUGUAUUUACCCACCCCUUGUAUUAUUUAGCACACAAAGGUAGUAUUAAUGUUUUUAUUUUAAAUAAUGAUCUUUAUUAUCGUUAUAACCCAGCCCUAGUUCCGUUAUGGGGGGUUGUACUGUGUUUAGGGAGUAGGGACACCCUUCAGUAGAAUGACUGGGCCACCUUUCAAUGAGAACAGACAAUAAGAUAAACACAUAAACAAAAAUAAACCGUAAAGGGAAAGGGAGAAGCUCGAUGCCAUGCCUUAGAAAUCCUUCAACAGAUUGAAGUUUAUAUAUUAUAUGAAUAUAUUCUUUUAAAACCAGUGUUACUGAGAUGUUCAAUAAAAGCAACGCUUUUUGUCAAAAUGCUUUUCCCCCAUUCAAUUUUUUUCCUGCUAAUACCAUAAUGUCCAGUGCUAUUUCGUAAUGAGUGCUUUGCGAUUAUGGCCUUGCCUCAUCAAACAACUCAACCGCAUGUGUCUGAGUGUUGGAUAUUAAAAUGUGUACUUAAUCAGC